AUGGACGUCACAUUUGCCAUCCGAGACAAGAUCGUGAGACGACUGUCCUGUCCGCCCCAGGGCAGCAACGAUCGCCUGAUGAGCCUGCGUCUGUCUCUUCGGGGAUCCAACUUCGUCACCAUCAUCAUCGCUCACGACCCAACAAUGACCGACUCAGACAAGACGAAGUCUAAGUUCCAAGAAGACCUGCACGCCCUCCUGGCGUCUUUGCUGAAGGCGGAUAAGUUGAUUGUCGGUGAUGAUCCCAAUGCCCGCGUCGAGACAGACCAUUCUGCCUGGAGAGGAGUGCUGGGUCCUCACGGCUCCAAUGAUAACGGCCUCCUCCUCCUGUUAACCUGCGCUGAAAAUUGUCCCCUGCUGGCCAACACCUUCUUUCUUCUGCCGAUGCGGAAGAAGGCCACCUGGACGCCGCCCCGACCGCGGCGCUGGCAGCCGAUGGACUAUGUUCUCGGUCGGCGGCGAGAUAGGCAGGAUGUGAUGGUGACCAAGGCGAUCUGUGACUCUGAUGGCUGA